AUGGCCACUCACGUGCGAGGUCGGACACGUACACGGGAAAGUAGGAAUGAGCAACCAGCUGAUAACCAUGCCGAGUUCAUGGCAGCCAUGGCUAACUUAGUGAACACCAUGAAAGCGAAUGCUUCUGUGACUCUGCAAGCUGUUCAGAGGUUAGGCCAACCGGUGGGGAAUGGUAAUGGAAAUGGCAAAGGAAAUGCCAAUAAUAAUGCUGAGGGAAAUGGCGAUAACACGGGAGUAGUUCCGAUGAACUUGGCAACGUUCCGUAAGGUUUAUCCGCCAACUUUUCGAGGAUCCACAAAUUUUACUAAAGUGAACCACUGGUUCCAGGCUAUAGAGCGUGCUUUACAAGCGCAGCAUGUUCCUCUUAAUCAAUAUGUAGAGUUUGCCGCUUAUCAGCUAGCGGGAGAGGCCCAGCCCUGGUGGCAAGCUGAGUGUCGUUUGCUACAGCUUCAGAACGCCGACAUUCCAUGGGAGGUGUUCCAAACGGCUUUCUACAAGAAAUACUUCCCUGAGUCUGCAGAGGAAGCGAAGGAGAUGGAGCUAAUGCAGCUGAAGCAAGGUUCCAUUUCUGUCGCUGAGUACACCAAGUUCCAAGAGCUUUGUAGGUUUUCUCGGGUGUGUCAGGGUGACUCGAAGACUUUCGAGAGCUGGAGGUGCAUUAAGUACCAAAGGGGUUUAAUGGAGAGCAUUAUGGCUGCUGUGGCUCCUAUGGAGAUCCGUGUCUUCUCUGACUUGGUGAAUAAGGCUAGAGUGAUGAAGGAGUAUGCCAAGACCGUGGUGGUAUCCAAGGACACUCAUGGAGGGAGCUCUAGUCGAGGGCGUGGCAAGUACUUUCAUCCAAGGGGGCUUCAGAAAGAACAAUCAGAAUCAGUUUCAAUUGGUUUAGGUGGUUGCUUCAAGUGUGGGUUUCCUGGCCACAUUGCGAGGGAUUACCCUCGUAGGAGGAAUCAGAAUGCAGGCCAGAGUCAGCAUCAAGGUCGAGUCUUUGCUGUGAAUGCCAAGGAUGCUUCCAAGGCAGAUCCAUUGAUGAGAGGUAUAUGUCUAAUUGGUGAUAAGCCCUUAGUUGCAUUGUAUGAUACUAGAGUUUCACAUUCGUUUAUUUCGUUUGUUAAAGUUGAGGAAUUAGGUUUAAAAGUGUCAAAGUUACCUUUUGAUAUUGGGAAGGAGUGUCAGGGUUAUAUUCUAUUGGCUGCAAAUACGUUGGGUGAUGCGCAGAACUUGGAUCAGAUACCAGUGGUUAAAGAUUUUGCAGAAGUGUUCCCGGAAGAUAUCCCUGAGUUUCCACCUCAGAGGGAAAUUGAAUUUACAAUUGAAUUGGUGCCGGUAGUCGGACCAGUGUCGAUUGUGCCUUAUAGAAUGGCUCUGAUAGAGCUGGCAGAGUUAAAGACUCAAGUCUUUCGUCCCUUUUUCGACAAAUUCGUGGUGGUUUUCAUAAAUGACAUCUUAGUUUAUUCUAAGACGGUGAAAGAGCAUGAGCAACACUUGAGGAUUGUGUUGCAAAUCCUAAAGGAGCAAAAGUUGUAUGCUAAGUUGUCGAAGUGCGAGUUCUGGAAGGAAGAAGUAAAGUUCUUAGGUCAUGUGGUGAGCAAAGGACGAAUAGCCGUAGACCCUUCAAAGGUAGAAGCGGUGAUGGAAUGGGAAAGACCGACGACUGUGAUGGAAGUCAGGAGCUUUUUGGGUUUAGCCGGAUAUUACCGGAGAUUUAUCGAAGGAUUUUCCUGGAUUGCGCUACCAAUGACAAAGUUGACAAGGAAAGAAGUGCCAUUUGUGUGGACGUCGGAGUGCGAAGAGAGUUUUUAG